AUGUCCAUCUUUGGCUGGGGCUCCAGCUCCAAAUCCGAUGCCAGUGCUUCGACCCCUCAAGAAAGCACAUCCUCAACUCAAGAUGCAGUCCCCUCCUCCGCACCCACACUAUCCGAGCCUUCGACACAAUUAAGCCAACAAUCAAAACCCAAAGAUAAUACGGGCUUGAAACUCUUCCUCGGCGGCAUCGCCUUUUCCGCGUUCUCCGUCUUUAUUACUCGCCGCGCAAACAUUCGGAAGCAGAUCGCAUGCAUCCCACCCUUCUACUCGAGCUCAAUUUACCACCAACCGAACGCGAACGGAGCGAUGGAAGCUUUUGAGGCCCUCAAUCUCGCGACGAUCAACGUGUUCUCCUUUGGCAUGUUGACUGUUGGCGGAACCAUGUACGCAUUGGAUAUUAAUGGAAUCGAGGAUGCGCGGAAGAUCAUGAGAAGCGGACUUGAGGGCUCGGCCCAGGGUAAAUCAGAUGAGGACCUUGAGAACGACGUCCAAGAGUGGGUGGCUAGCGUUCUGGGAAAUCGGUUCGAGAAGCAGUUGGAGAAGGAGCGCGCUAAGAAGAGAGAUGUCACGGCCAAUGAGGAGAACUGA